CACGUUUUGGAUUCGGAAAGCAUUCGAUUCCAACUUGAAAUGGCUGAUCAAUCCAAGAGAUGGAUUUUGAUGACAACGGCUCAGACGCCCACAAACAUAGCAGUAAUCAAGUACUGGGGCAAGAGGGACGAAAACCUGAUACUACCCAUUAACGAUAGCAUCAGCGUGACUCUGGAUCCGGAGCAUCUUUGCACUACCACCACUGUCGCUGUUAGCCCUAGCUUUGACAGGGAUCGCAUGUGGCUCAAUAAAAAGGAGAUUUCCCUUUCCAGUGACAGAUACCAGAGGUGCUUAAGGGAAAUCCGGUCCCGUGCUAAUGAUUUUGAGGAUGAAAAAAAGGGCAUCAAAAUCACUAAAGAGGAUUGGGAGAACCUGCAUGUCCACAUUGAUUCUUAUAACAAUUUCCCUACUGCUGCUGGUUUGGCUUCCUCAGCUGCCGGUUUUGCCUGCUUUGUUUUUUCCCUUGCAAGGCUAAUGAAUUUGAAAGAAGAUCUAGAAAAACUUUCUGCCAUAGCAAGGCAAGGCUCAGGUAGCGCUUGUCGCAGUUUAUAUGGUGGAUUUGUCAAGUGGAACAUGGGAAAAAAUGACGAUGGGAGCGACAGCGUUGCUGUUCAACUUGCAGAUGAGAAGCACUGGGAUGAUCUUGUCAUUAUUAUUGCUGUGGUAAGUUCACGGCAGAAGGAAACAAGUAGCACCACAGGAAUGCGUGAGACUGUUGAAACAAGUAAGCUCAUACAGCAUAGAGCAAAGGAAGUUGUACCAAAACGAAUUGUUGAUAUGGAAGAAGCCAUUAAAAAUCGUGAUUUCCCAUCUUUUGCACGUUUGGCUUGUUCCGAUAGCAACCAGUUUCAUGCAGUCUGCCUGGAUACAUCUCCCCCUAUAUUCUACAUGAACGACACAUCCCAUAGGAUAAUUGGUUGCGUUGAGAAAUGGAACAGCGCAGAAGGUUCACCCCAGGUAGCUUACACUUUUGACGCGGGGCCAAAUGCAGUUCUGAUUGCGCGCAAUAGAAAGGUUGCUGCCCUUUUGCUUCAAAGGUUGCUUUUCCAUUUUCCCCCGCAUCCAGAUACUGAUAUGGACAGUUAUGUUAUCGGUGAUAAGUCUAUACUACAAGAUGCUGGGGUUAAGGACAUAAACGAUGUGGAAGCUCUGCCGCCACCUCCGGAAAUAAAGGGCAACAUUCCAGCCCAGAAGUACAUGGGGGAUGUCAGUUACUUCAUCUGCACAAGACCUGGGAGAGGUCCUGUUUUACUUGGUGAUGAAAGCCUUGCUCUCCUCAGCCUUGAAACUGGGCUGCCUAAGUGAAGAGACCGAAACUGCAUUCCGUGAAUUCCAGUAUGUGUUGCUCUCUCUAUUGCAUUUCUAUCACCACCUGAGAUUUUCCGUUUUUAUCGUGUCAAGGUUUUUGUAUCAUCUGCUUUGGUACAGGAAAGAAUUUAUGAACCUGGAUCAAUAUUGCCAAUUUUCCAGCUUUUGAAACAAUUCUAUGUGAAGUUCUAAA